AUGAUCGCUCGCAGUCAAGCCAGGGGCCUACCUAAAGCGGGAACCAGGUAUAAUGCAAAGCUGACAGCCCUGGCUCUUCCAUCAGUAAUCUUCGAGCCAAAGUUCCGCGGCGCCGUAAGAAACCUGGUCUACUCGGAUAUUCCCGGUCAGCCACCUAGAAGACAGGAACUUCGACAUUCCAGAGACCUAAAAGAGGGAAGGGGCGCUCGGGGACUGGGGGCGGAGUGUGGCGAUAUGGCUCAGCUAUUACUUGUCCCCGUCGAUCGGCGCGCUGAAGGCAUCCGUCAGGCUUUAGUGGGACGUAACAUAAAAGUCCUAGUUGACGCACCGUGCUCAAAUCCUAGACCGGUCAAUGCGGAACGACUGCCGCAAGAUUGUUUUCUCUCGCCCACCCUCUUCGUUUUGGAUAUCAAUGACCAGUUGAACAUCGAUAACAACCAUUUCUUUGCGGACGAUAGCACUAUCGACGCCUCUUCCAAAAAGCUGUUUGUAUUGGGUAGGUCUAUGAAGUAUUACACUGAAGUACAUCGUACGCAGCUCUACAAGACUCAAUCUUCAAGAAUAAAUGCUAGCGGUGAUGCCUGUGAACGUAGAGAUCCAUGUCAACAUGGAGGGGUUUGCAUUAGCACUGACGAUGGACCAAUUUGCGAGUGUCGUGAUGGGGACUACGAAGGGGCCUUUUGUGAGCGAGAUAAGGCACCAUCAGAAGCGACAUUCAGGGGAGCCGAGUUCCUCUCAUACGAUCUCACGCAGACUGGAGGUGAACCCAUAGUCAGCACUCAGGAUGCCAUAUCAUUGUAUUUCAAGACACGACAGCCUAACGGACUCCUAUUUUAUACUGGACAUGAAGCAGAUUACCUGAACUUAGCUGUACGAGAUGGAGGCCUGUCUCUCACAAUGGGACUUGGUAAUGGCAAGCAGGAGAUGCAUAUCAAGCCCUCCAAAACGAGAUUCGAUGACCACCAGUGGCACAAACUUACAGUCAGGAGAAAAAUACAGGAAAUAACGCCUUUCACCAGUUUUUGUCGGGUAUCAGCAGUCGUAGAUGACGUGUACUCUGAGCACGCGCACGUUGCUGGUUCAUUCACGAUGCUGGCCAGCUCUCGGGCGCACGUCGGUGGAUCUCUCAACACUAGAGCUUUGCCUGGUGCAAGAGUCCAUACCAACUUCAUUGGAUGCCUAAAGAAGGUUGAGUUCUCCGCGGACACUCUUCGCUUGAACCUCAUAGAUCUUGCGCGGACUGGCAGUAAGCUCAUCACGGUGACCGGUCGGCUGGAGUACGCCUGCACAGCAACCGACUCCGCAGAUCCUGUUACCUUCUCCACCAAAGAAGCUCAUUUGAUCCUGCCGAAGUGGGAAGCGGUGAAAACUGGCACGAUUUCAUUCAAGUUCCGCACGAACGAACCGAAUGGCUUAAUUCUUUUCAACAUGGGCGCGAAGCCUCCAAGGGCCGACCUUUUCGCUGUAGAGAUGUUGAAUGGUUAUAUCUACGUACAUGUAGACUUGGGUUCGGGUGGAGUCAGAGUGCGGGCAUCUCGAAGACGAGUAGAUGACUCUCAUUGGCAUGAAUUUUUACUUAGAAGAACGGGUCGAGACGGAAGAGUCACUGUCGAUGGCGCAAAUGCGGAGUUUAAAACUCCGGGAGAAUCAAAUCAGUUGGAGUUAGAUGGGCCGUUAUUUGUGGGCGGAUUAGGGUCUGAGUACUCAGCCGCUAGAACCCCACCGGCUUUGUGGACUGCCGCGCUAAGACAAGGCUUUGUGGGAUGUAUACGGGAUUUGGUCCUCAAUGGAAAACCGCAGGACCUAACCGCCUAUGCACGGCAGCAGGACUCUGCAUCAGUCCGACCUGCAUGUCAUGUGUUGAUGAAGCAAUGUGUAUCAUCACCAUGCCAACACGGCGGCAUCUGCUCUGAGGGUUGGAAUCGACCGCUCUGUGACUGCUCUUCCACCAAUUACGGUGGACCAACGUGUGGACGAGAAUCUCCAACAAUAUUUCUCAAUGGUAGCCAACACUUGACUGCAUCACUGGGUCUAGAACACGUAACUCAAACUGAAGAACUGCUACUGAGAUUCAAGACUAGUAAGGCUGGUUUGUUGCUGCGGACAGCAUCAGAAAAUUCCGCUGAUCGGAUAGAGCUCGCCGUUGCUGCUGGGCGAGUCAGAGCAAGUGUUAGAUUAGGAGAUAGAGAAAAGAACCUCCUCGCUGGUACAAAUGUGGCGGACUCUUUAUGGCACACGGUCCGCUUUUCUCGACGGGCAUCGAACUUAAAGCUACAGGUAGACGGCGGACAGCCAGUGCGCGGUACGUUAUCCGAGACUAUUCUAGGGAAAGCUUCAACCUUAGAAAUAUCAUCGUUGCACCUUGGAGGACUUUUCCAUCCCGAAGAGGAAAUUCAAAUGACAUCUACUCUACCCAAUUUCGUAGGAUACCUUCAAAAAUUUGUCUUCAAUGGAAUAAAGUAUAUCGAUCUUGCUAAAACCUUGGGUAUCGGAACACACGAAGACAACAAUAACAUUUACGAUACAUCCAAUAUUAUAUUCAAUGGAAAAUUUACAAAACCAGACUCACUCAAUGUCUAUAAGGCUGUGACAUUUAAAUCUAAACAUACAUACGCAGGACUGCCAUUAUUAAAAGCGUAUGGAAACACGUAUUUGGACUUUUACUUCCGGACUACGGAAAUGGAUGGUCUUUUAUUCUACAACGGUGGUAAAAAGCAAGAUUUUAUCGCCGUAGAGUUAGUAAAUGGACACAUCCAUUGUGUGUUUAAUCUGGGCGAUGGAGUAGUUACUAUGAAGGAUAAAUUAAAGAAUUUUUUGAACGAUAAUAGAUGGCAUGCGGUGUCGAUUAGACGGCCAACGCCUAAAGUGCAUACGUUGCAAGUUGAUGAUGAUUUAGAGUUGCACACGACAAGUUCAAAUCUAAUGCUGGAAUUAGAUAGUGUUCUAUAUGUGGGCGGAGUACCAAAGGAUAUGUACACAUUACUUCCUGUUGGCGUAUUAUCAAGACAAGGUUUUGAAGGCUGCAUGUCCAGUUUGGACUUACCGGGAGAGUCACCAUCUUUAAUGGAUGAUGUGGUUGUCCCGAGUUCGUCAUUGGUAUCUGGAUGUGAAGGUCCUACUAAGUGUACUCACAACGCUUGCGCGAACAAGGGUGUAUGUGUGCAGCAGUGGAACACCUAUGUAUGUGAUUGUGACCUCACUUCCUUCACUGGUCCUACCUGUUAUGACGAAUCAAUAGCGUAUGAAUUUGGUCCCGGUCGUGGAAUCAUCACAUACGCAUUUCCGCCGAGUGCAGUGACAGACACAGAGACGGACAAAGUGGCUGUUGGUUUUGUGACCAGCAAAGCUGAUGCAGUUAUACUGAGAAUUGAAUCAUCUAAUACACAGGACUAUAUGCAAAUGGAGAUUAUUCGUGGAAACUUGUUUUUCGUAUACAAUGUGGGUGAUGGCGAACAUCCGGUAGGAGACGAAGCAGCUAGAGUAGACGACGGAGCCUAUCACGUCGCCAGUUUUACAAGAAAUGGAAGCCGCGCUGCCCUACAACUUGAUAAUUAUGCCGUCAAUUUGAGACACCCACAAGGUGGGCAACAAUCGACAGUCUUCAACAGUAUGUCCAAAAUAAUAGUUGGUGGAGGCUCAGGUGGUGCCAGGUCAUUUAGUGGUGUUCUCGCUGGUUUAGUGGCUGGAAAGGUUCGGGUUCUCGAUCUGGCUGCCGCUGGCGAUCCGGCUGUUACAGUGCGAGGUGAUGCCCGAAGAGCUCAGACUCCACUCGAUAGAGAUAUCAAUAGAAUGCAACAGACACCUCCAUCAGGAUAUGCGGGCCCUGGAGUACUCGAUGAACUUGUGUAUUCAGGCGCCGGGUCAGGGUGUCGUGAUGAUGAUGAAGACGCUUGUGUGCUGCCAGACGCUGGCUCGGGUGAUGACCUUAUCACGCCCGUUUAUGUACCGUCUACGCGGCGACCGCCUGCCAUGCGCAAGGGUAACCUAAGCGGUAAAUUAAUGAAGCCUUGUGACGAUGAAGAUUGCAUCGAAGGUUCCGGAUCUAAUGGAGAAGAGAUAACGGAACCAGAACACCCAAUUACCACUGCUGGUGUAAGUAGCACUGCCAGUAUGACUUCACCUACCACAUCUAUAGCCACGGAUCACGUGGAAAAGGCUAUCUCAGGGUUCACAGAGGGAGGGACAGAAAGUGCCGGAACUACUAAGAGCGACCGCACCACAUUACCAGAUCACGAUAAUAUGCACGCGGGCACCGUGGACACCGCCACUACUCCAGAGAAGGGCACUACUCCUACAGAAGAGGACACGCAUACGCACACAAGCAAUCAGUUUACACCGACAGUAACGCGACACACAGAGGCAGCGCACACAACGGAGGAAGAGAUACCAGACUAUGAAGAUCACACGCACACCAAGAUGGCAACUCGAUCACCUUAUGGCAUAGAUGAAGUGGUGCCUGGAAGCUACCCUGGAUAUAAUGGCCACGAGCCUGAAAUUACAACCAAAUGGUACCAUCCUAAAUCGACUGAUAACAGAGUGGUACCACCAGAGUCUGAAUUCUUCGCAACUAUUGUUGGUAUCGUUGCGUCGGUGCUUAUAGCAAUAAUCAUUAUAGUUAUUAUAGUGCUAAAGCUGAUGUUUAAGUUGGACCCUUCGUAUAAGGUAACGGAAGACAAGAGCUACCAGCAGAGUGCUAGUGCGGCACUGCUUGCGAAUCAGGCUCAUUCAAGUUAUCAAACCGGUUCAAAUGUACAGACAGGUGGCGCUGUUCGAAACUUGCAGCCAUUGCCUCUCAAUAGGAACGGAGCAACGCCCCUCGCACCGAUGCCUCAGCCAGUUAAGCGCGAUGGUAUCAAAGAGUGGUACGUGUAA